UAAGUAAUUAUUUGGAAUCAUUUUACGCAAUUUCAAACCUACCAAUCAAUGACGUCAGAUAAAUCUUAUUUCGCUGACUAAGGCCUAGUCGGAGUAAACAAACCGUUUUCUCCCCCGCUCCCGCGCCUCUCAUUCCAGGAGGACGGCGCCACAGGAACUGGAACGUGCAGUUCAAGUGGUACCACGUAGGAGCUGUUCUUAACACCAGGCUGAAAAAUUUCAAGAGCCAUGCCUAAGAGCAACAAACAAUGGGCGUGGCGCAUAUCAUUUGAUGUUGCUUGUCUUCUCAUAGUGUUCGGCAGCAUAGGCGGUUACAACCGGGUGCCGCCGCCUCAGACUGGGCUGUUUUGCGAUGACCUCUCGAUCCGAUAUCCGUAUAUUGCCAAAGACACAGUAACAGACGCCGCUCUCUAUGUAGUGGGUGCCAUCCUUCCCAUCACUCUGAUGUCGAUAGUGGAGUACUUCCACUGCAAGCACUGCCACCGCCAGAAGACGAUGGAGGUGUGCCGACUGAAGGUGCACCCGUGGUUCUGGGCCAUCUACCAAAUGGUGGGCGUGUUCGCGUUCGGCGCCGCCUGCUCCCAGCUCGCCACCGACAUAGGUAAAUACUCGAUCGGCCGUCUGCGUCCCCACUUCAUCGCCGUGUGCAAGCCGGACGUGCUGGAGAAUGGCAGCUGCACCGAUCACACUUACAUCACGAACUUCAAAUGUCUGGGCCCAGACGAAAAGGCCAUCAGGGAGGCGAGGCUAUCGUUCCCGUCUGGCCACGCCUCGUUCUCCUUCUACACGAUGGUGUACCUGGCGCUAUACCUGCAGGCGCGGCUGACGUGGCGCGCCACCAAGCUGUUGCGGCCGUUCCUGCAGUUCGUCUGCCUGAUGCUGUGCUGGUACACGGCUCUCAGUCGCGUGUCCGACUACAAGCACCACCCGACUGACGUGCUGGCCGGAGCCGUGCUCGGCGCCAUCGUGGCAGUGCUCGUGGCUGUGUUCGUCUCAGGCAUGUUCAAGAGGCGGUGCGCCGCUGCCGACAUCGCGCCCGUCUCUAGACAAAACACCGUCAACAACUCUGAGCCGCUGCAGCCGGUCUAGGGGGCGCCAGACGGGCCCUGUCGUGUCCGCAGGCUGUCCCCGCCUGUCUGUGGUAGUGUUCGCUGGUUGACUGCGAUUUCCCUGUCUGACCAGCGGACGCCAGGUCCUUGCCGAUGGGCUGCGGUUGUCGAAUAGUGUUUUUGGCAGGGGUGCAAUUCCCAAGAAGCGGUGUGCGAGGAGGCGAACGGCCGUGGAGCAGCCUGGCACCACAUUGUGUAUUACGGUGAUGUGCAGAGAGAGGUACAACAAUAUUCGGCUCAACUUGUUAACGACAUCAUUACUCCAUUCUGCGACGAAGAAGCUAAAUUCCUGCCUCAACGGAGCUUCAACGGGUUGACAUUGAAUCAUAUGUUAAAGAUGCGAAAUUAAAGGCUUUCGGUUAUCUUCACUACUAAGAAUGUGUCAGCUGCGAAAUUGCAAGCAUUUCUUGGCUUACUUGUCGCUCGGUGUGUGGAGGUUCGGCAAACUAUUCAAUUAUAGCUAUUGAGUGCAAAAAUGUACACUUUCGCAUGAAGUUGUUACGGAUUCUUCCGCAUGGGUCGUCUAAAAGGCUUAGGUGUUUGGCCUUUGCACGUCAAGUGUAUGACCAUUUGCGCGUAGUUAGUGGAAGAAACACCGGUCGAUACCAGAGGUGCAAGCCUAGGCUUGGUGGGAUGGAUUCAACGAACAGCUUACGCUGUAUUGAGUUUCCGUUCGGUGCUUGGUUUCAACCAUUUGUAACUUGAAAUUGUACGUAUAACUUGUAAUGUCACUUGGCAGACUACCUGAUCAGUGAUAGUGUUCUGAUAUGGUUUGUUAGCAUCGCUGUUUACUAAUCAUCUCACAGUAGUUUGUCCUUUGUGACUGUGCGUGUUGUAAACAUAACAAGGAUCAGGUCCCAUAGCAGUAGAACAGCUGUAUGGAGAUGUAGCAUGUUGACAGCGAGCUUAUAUUCGCUAUAUCGUGUUCGUCUGCCACUCAGGACUUUGCAUUGAUUUCGUUCAGCAGUGUCAGCUCCUUUCGUGACUGCCACUUCCAUUCUCCGAGUAGCUUUUCUAUUCUCUAUCGAUGAUCAUGUACUGGAUGAUCCAUAAGUAUUUCUAAUUUUGACGCAAUGUAUUGGUGUUAGUUCAUAUGGUUAGUGCAGCUAAGUUUUCACGGAAGCGACCGUAUUUUUCGUUUUAUUUCGGCGAUUUGAUUCGCAGUCUGUGAGCUUGGUUGUGGGAGCGUCAGAGAAAGCGAUGUUUGCAAUGUGAAUCUAAACAUGUUUGAUCGUAAUAAGCAUAGUGCCUUUUAUGCCGUAAGAUUGUUAUCGUUAGUAAACUGAUGAAUGCAAGUUUUGGGGAUUCGAGUAUUUAUGGAGACCAAGCUGGCUCUUUUCAGAAAAAAAAAGAAGAGUUAUGUGAUUUGAUAUCGGAGGCAAAUAACAAAAGAUGAGAUGAGCAUGUUAAAAUAUGAAUUUGGCCUCAUGAUGUGGUGGCCUGACUAUGAUGUGAUAAUUUCGGCCUUUUGGAGAAGGGAUGUUGAAGGUGUUAUAUGCUGGCUCUGAUGAGAGCAGUGGUUAUGGUGCCCGCUUGUGAACCGGAGUUGGCUGAUUUACGUUUCUGGUAAAUAUCGUUUUUUGAAUAAGGUUCCGUGGUGCCGAGGAGCCAUGCUUUGAAACUGAUUAGGGUGAAGGAUAGGUUACCUUGGUCGCGCUGAAUGAAUGAAGCAACAUUUUUUUAUUUUGGCUACGUAGAGGGCGACCUUGAGCGGUGUCAUUGGUUUUGUGUUUGUAAGUAAACAUUUAUUGUUUGCGGCUUUUGACGUUACCAAAUACAAAAUGCAUAUGUUUUCUCAACAACUAA